AUGGAGACCUACGUUACAGGACACGUCUUCUACACUAUUGGGCACUUCGGCAUGAUGUUCGUUAUCGACGUCAUGAUCGCUGAUAUGAGCUCACUGAAGAACCGUAUGAUUAUGCUCGGUAUCAACGGUACCCCGAUUGUCGCCGUUACCUUCGCUGGCCCCAAAAUUGCUGAACUCUUCUACACGGAGUCCAAUUUCAGAUGGGCUUUCGCUGCCUUCGGGAUUAUCCUUGUUGGCUUCUGCUUGCCCUCGCUUCUGGUCAUGUUCCUCAUGCAACGCAAGGCUGAGAAGGCUGGUUUGCUCGAGAAAACGCGUGUGAUGUCCGACCGAACCUACCUGCAGGGCUUCUGGUAUUACUUCCUGCAAUUCGACAUGGUUGGACUCAUCCUUAUCAUUGCGUUCUUCUGCUUGGUUCUGUUACCCUUCAGCAUCAAUUCGUAUGCGGCCAAGGGUUUUGCGAGCCCACACAUCAUUGCAAUGUUUGUUGUCGGCGUUUUGUGCUUGCCUGCGCUAUUCAUCUGGGAGAAGAAGUUUACUCCCGUACCAUUCCUUCCCUACAAAUAUUUGAACGAGCGGACUCUCAUCGGAUCCUGUAUGCUCUACGGUGUCAUGUUCAUUUCCAUAUUCACAUGGGAUGCCUACUACGGCUCCUAUCUGCAGGUCGUACACGGGCUGUCCAUCACCCACUCUGGUUAUGUACUCAACACGUUUUCCUUGACCUCGUCGUUCUUCGGUCCCGCCUAUGGCUUUUUUAUUCGCUGGACCGGUGAUUUCAAGUACACCGGUCUGGCUGGUGUCCCCUUCAUGGUUCUUGGCACCGCACUCUUGAUCCCGUACCGAACGCCUAGCACUUCGGUUGGUGCUCUUGUUGUCCUGCAGAUGCUUAACGGUCUUGGAACUGGCAUUUUUGCCGCAUGCGGCCAGAUUUCGAUCCAGUCUGUCGUCACUCACCAGGAGAUUGCUACCGUAAUGGCCAUCUGGGGUCUAUUUGGCUCCAUCGGCGCCACAGUUGGAUAUGCCAUCGCUAGUGGCCUGUGGAACAACAUUGUACCCGGGGCUCUGGAAAGCAACCUGCCGGAUUACGCCAAGAACCAGACCGCGGCAAUCUUUGGCUCCCUCGAUGUCCAGCUCUCCUAUCCAAUGGGUGACCCUGUUCGCGACGCCAUCAUUGCUGCGUACGCAGAUGUGCAACACAAGAUGGUUAUCGCUGGUGCAGCCUUCAUCCCGGUUUGUCUUAUUUGUGUCCUCUGCUGGAAACACGUCAACAUCAAGAAGCUUGAGGAGGAGAAAGGUAAUCAGACCAAGGGCCGCGUGUGGUAG